AUGCUGGACAAUUACUACAGCAACCGGACUUCCAGUCACCCCAGUCGCCGCUCACAUGCGCCUCCCCUUCUCUCCUCUGUGCUCGCCUCCUGUCCACAGGCCUACCUCGCCACCAAGAGGAUCAACUGCGUCAUAAACGAACUCCUCGAAACUGAGGUCUCCUAUCUUGCUAGUUUGAGGGAGGUCAAAGAGCUAAGUAACCGUCAAUUCGGCUACCGAGUCUUCCUGGAGUUCCUGUUUGCCCAAACGUAUUCUCUGGGCCAGAUGGUUGAGACGUGA